CUCCAAGGGCUGGGGACCACCCUGCGGGGCGCGCCCGGCUCUCGGCUGCAGCCACCGCCCCUCCUUGCGGCUGGAGCUUUUCCAGAGCAGAGGCGCAGCGUCGGUCCUCCUGCUCCUCCUCCUCCUGGGGUGCUCCUCCUCCUCCUCCUCUCCGCCCUCCUUCCCCCUGUCUCCACCGCUAACUUUCCCAACCAAGCCAGCGGCGCAGAGCUCGCUGCCAGCUUUGGGGGGCCCACCCCACUGCAGACAGCGGGCACCCCACGCGCGCCCCUUUGCCCCGUAGUCCACCCAAGCCCCGCGCUCCGGGCGCGCUCCGGAGACACCAGAACGAUGGCCGGGUUUGGGGACCGAGGCCAAGCCGGGGCCAGAUGGCUGGGCGUUGGGCUUUUGGGUUUCCUCCUGCUCCCUGUGUCCCUGUCGCUGGAGGUGUCCGUGGGGAAAGCGAUGACGAUCUACGCAGUUAAUGGCACCGAGAUCCUGCUACCCUGCACCUUUACCAGCUGCGUCGGCUUUGAGAACCUCCGCUUCUGGUGGUCUUACAACAGCAGUGACACCUACAAGAUCCUCAUCGAUGGCACCGUGAAGAAUGAGAAGACUGAUCCCAAGGUGAGGCUGAAGACGGAUGACCGCAUCACUCUGGAAGGUUCCACCAAGAAGAUAAACAACAUCUCCAUCCUGCUAAGGGACCUGGAGUUCACCGACACGGGCAAAUACACUUGCCAUGCCAAGAACCCCAGAGAGUACUUCCUGGAGCACCAGGCUACCAUCUUCCUGCAGGUCGUCGACAAACUGGAAGAAGUGGACAACACCGUGACCCUCAUCAUCCUGGCUGCUGUGGGGGGCUUCAUCGGGCUCAUUGUCUUCAUCCUUCUGGUCAAGAAGCUCAUCGCUUUCAUCAUCAAGAAGACUCAGGAGAAGAAGAAGGAGUGCCUGGUGAGUUCAUCAGGCAACGACAACACGGAGAAUGGGGUGCCCGGCUCCAAGGCAGAGGAGAAGCCACCCACCAAAGUGUGAGCCCCUGCAGGGGGCCUCGAAACAAGGCUUUGAGCCCUGUUGUGUCGCUCCCCAGCCCCCCACCUCACGCCCUGAGACAUCGCUGCUUGGCUCGAACUGUAGAACUUACCGGUGGGGACAAGUGGUCUCCUGCCUGGCUCCUCACCCCCCUUCCCAGCCAGGGCUCCCCAGGACAAGGGCUGGCCAAGGGAAGGGGGAUGGGGGAAGACUCAGGAAGAGGAAGGAGAGGUCAACUCCCCCUCACACCUGAGUCCAUGGGGUUAUCUUUAGUCUCCCCAACCCUCCAGAUCAAAGCCUUGGUUUCCCUCCAGAUUUCACUGCAAAAGAGACUUCGGGUGCUCAGUGAGGGCUCUCCCAAGAGCUGAACGGUGUUGGGAGAAGAAACACAGUUGGGGUGUGGUAGAUUGAAGAGACUGCAGAGGAUAGGGGUGGCUUUUGGGGGAACCCCUGAGCAGGCAACCUCAAUAGGGGCUUACCUCUACACCUCUCUACUGAGCAAUUCCUUGUUCUCUAACUAUCCUCAGUUAGUUUUGGGGUUUUCUGGCUCCCCUACCCAGCCCCUCUGAUUUCUGGGUUCCUGUGGUGCUCAUAAAGUGGCCCUUCAGUCUUCCAAGAGCACCUUUGCCAGCGCUUCUCCCCUGGGGUUCAGGGCAACCCCCGCUCUGCCCAGGCCCCCCUUCUGUGCCUCCUCUCCGUGGCCUGCUGUGCCCCACCCAUGGGCCCCCUCCUCCCUGCAGGCUCAGGGCUGCCCUUUGCCUUAGGGAGAAGUCCUUGGUUUGGGGGCUGCUUCCUGCCAGUCCCUUUGGCACCCCAAGGUUGGGGAGGAGCUGGCAGGUGGCCCUUAAGUUUUUUUUGCUUUUCCAUGACCCAUUCUGCACACCCCCUGUGGGUGUGUGGGUGUGUGGGUGUGAAUGUGGGUGUGGAGGGCUAGACCGUGCCUUAGCCCCCCAUUCCCAACUCAUUCCCCAGGCGUUUUCCUCAGUCCAGUGCUUGGGGAUACCAAGAGGGGUCCCCAGCUGCCCGGCCAGAAGUGAGCAGGGAAUGAAUCAGAGAGCAGGGGUUGUAACACUGGGCCCUGCAGUCAGGCCUGGGCCAGGGAGGCAGCUGCAGGGUCUUCCCAUCUCUCCCUCCCUGAGACAAACCAACCUCUGGGCUCUGGGCCCCUGGCACAUAAGGAGGAGACUCGUUUCCCAGAGUCUUAGGACAAUCUUAGGGUGCAUCUGCCAGUGUCCCAGAGGAGAUGGGUUGGUCUGAGGGAGCCAGGCUCCCAACCUGACUGCUGCUUCAUUUGCACCCUCACUGUCCCCCAUCCCUCCUGGCCUAUAUCC